CAUCCUGCACAGCGCACAAUGGAAGUGACUGCGACCGCGAUGCUGUCCGUGGCAGCCGUGUGCACUUGCGUGUGCACACCCGCCCUGGCCGUCGGGACUCCGCGCCCGGGCACGCCUCGCAUCGUGGGGGGCUACGAGGUGCCCCCCUACUCCAUCAAGUACCAGGCGUCGCUGCAGCGGCCCCGUGGCUCCCACUUCUGCGGCGGCUCCUUGGUGGGACGGCAGUGGGUGGUGACCGCGGCGCAUUGCAACCUGCGGCUGCCCAUCAUACGUGUGGUGCUUGGGGAAAAUUCCAUUUCAAAAUUGGAGGGGCGCGAGCAGUUCUUCCGCGCGGUGCGGACCAUCCCGCACCCCUUCUACAACUCGCGCACAGAGGACAACGACAUCAUGCUACUCAAGCUCAACCGACCGGCCACCCUCAACGCCUUCGUGGGCACCGUAGGGCUCGCGGAGCCGGGCUCGUGGCCCGGCCCCGGCACGCUGUGCCGCGUCUCCGGCUGGGGCCUCACGUCCAGCCUGGGCCGAGCCACCGCCGACCGUCUCCGCGCCGUGCGUGUCCCGCUCGUGCCCAGCGCUCAGUGCAACUCCACGCUCGCCUACAACGGCCUCAUCACCCACAGCAUGGUGUGCGCCGGCUACAGGUCCGGCGGCAAGGACUCGUGCCAGGGAGAUUCUGGGGGUCCUCUGGUGUGCGGGGGCCGCCUGUUUGGGGUCGUGUCGUGGGGGAACAGCUGCGCAGAUUCGCGCUACCCCGGCGUCUACAGCAGCAUCGCCCGCUUCCGCUACUGGAUCGAGAUGACCAUCUUACGCGACGCACGCCGCCGCUCCCGCUGGUGUGCCAUGGAGCUGCUGAUGUGUGUGAUCAUGGCGCUGGUGUCUGCAGCUGGCUGCUCGGCAAGAAGACACGCGGUGCACCCCCUGAGCCGCAUCGUGGGGGGCUUUGAGGUGGUCCCGCACUCGCUGCCCUUCCAGGUGUCGCUCCUCUACCGGGGGUCCCACAUUUGCGGAGGAGCACUCAUCGCGCCCUCCUGGGUCCUGACCGCCGCACACUGCUACAAGGACGUGACCCUGCUGAAGGUGGCGCUGGGCGUGCACAGGCGCUCGGAGCACGAGGGCACGGAGCAGGUGCGGCUCGUGAGCCUGGCGGUGAAGCACCAGGCCUACAACGAGGUCACCAUGGACAACGACCUCCUGCUGCUCAAGCUCAAAAGCCCGGCACAGGUGACGAGGGGCGUGGUGGGGCUGGUGGCCCUCUCGGAGAGGGCCGUGGCCCCGGGCACGUCGUGCUUCGUGUCUGGCUGGGGCAUCACGGCCGAGGGCAACUACAUGCUGUCCGACCAGCUCAUGGCCGUCGCUGUGCCUGUUGUGGCGCAGGGGCUGUGCAGUUCCUACUACAGCGGGCAGGUCUCCGACGGCAUGCUGUGCGCUGGCAUCGAAGAGGGUGGCAAGGACUCGUGCCAGGGUGAUUCGGGGGGCCCAUUGAUAUGCAACGACAAGCUCGCGGGGGUGGUGUCGUGGGGGGAGGGCUGCGCACGUCCACACUUCUUCGGGGUCUACGCCAACGUGUCGCGGUACGUCUCGUGGAUCCGCAAGACGAUGGCGACUGCCCGCGACUCCCGGCCUUGUGACCACCGCCGCCCGUGACUAACCGGCCGCGUGACGGCCGCCGCCCGGACACGUUGAUAUCGUCUCGUCCGUCAUGCUUCGGUCAUGCUUCGGUC